AUGGGAAAACUCGUAACCGUGCUCGUUCUGGGAUGCUAUCUGUCGGCGGUACUGGCUGAGCUUCCCCACUACACCGUGUAUAAAAGUUUCGAAACCGCCCUGUACGAAUGUGCCGAGUACUUCCAAGUGCCGAAUUGCACCGUCCAAAAAUAUAUCCGCGAAUCAUUCCCAGAUGAUAGAGAGGUGCAGGUGUUGAUUCGUUGUACCUUGAUCAAUCUUGGCGGCUGGGAUGACAGCAUUGGUGGACGUGAUUAUGUACUGCGAAACUUCUUUGCUCCAUCUGCUGACGACAAAUGCUACGAGCGACGAACUCGUGAAUGUAUCUACACCACGUUGGAUAGUCUGACCUACUACUGCCCGUAUAGGCGCGCUUAUGAAACUUUCAGAUGCUACUACCGAUACUAUGGAGAAUUGAUCACAAGUGGACAAUACAUUCCCAAAGAACUGAAUGAACUACAACAGUUGGCCCUAACAGGACUCAUCAUCUCCAACCUACCUCAGGACGUUCUUAUCCAGUACUGCCGAGGAGACAUUAUGUACGAAUCUAACUUCCCGCAACUCUUGUAUUUGCUGCUUAUCCGUGGAGGAUACUAUAGCUGCCGGAGCGGCUUCCGACUGGACAAUUUGUACACUCAAGUGGGUGACCCGAUUCUGCUCGAUCCGCAGACCCAGCAGUGCAUCGAUGGUGUGGCAAGGGAGAAGUGCAACGCCGACGAGGUCACACGAGUUCACCAAUCAUUCGUCAGAUGUUUGAGCAAUAUUUUCCCGUUGGUACAGUACGUGCAAGAGGCAGCGAAGACUUUGGUCGGCGACGGGGACGGAUGCAUCUGUUCCAAUGCACUGUACAAUGGAAACUAG